AUUGGUUAUGAAUGCCAGUUAUGUACAGUCUCCUGACAGCCUUGUGUGGAAAUAUUUUUUUGACCUUAAAGGUUCUAAAGAAUAUCGGUUCCCAGGAGGAGUGAUGCAACGAGCGCAGUAUUGGAAGAAUGGGAGUGAGCUGAGCAAAAAUGAAAACAUUUUCAACGAGUUUCUGCAUCAGCAUCAAAAUGCCCUCGCUGUGAGUACGCUCAGAAUUUAUAAUAAUGGACUACGACAGCCACAUUUUCAUUUCAACGCAAAUGAGAUGGGAUACGUAGUAAGUGGAUGUGGAAAGGUGGGUAUCAUUAAUGCUCAGAGUACCAUAGAAUUUGAAAUUCACAUUGGAGAUGUGGUGUUCUUCCCUACUGGAACCCAGCAUUACAUUAAGAACACAUGUGAUGAAGAUUUGCUUUUUGUUCUUGCCUUCAGCACUGGAGAUCAGGUGCAAACUCUUGACAUGGACGAUUAUCUCCAGGCCACCUCAGACCACAUUUUGGCUCAGCUUUUCUUCAGGAAGCAAAGAGAGUUUAAGAAAAUCCCCAAAUUCAAGGAGGACCAGGCAAUCAACCUGCCUUAAUUUACUAAUGAGUUCAUAUCAAUUCUUCUCUAUCGGUUGUUGAUAAAGAGAGGCCACUUCCUUAAAACUUGGGGACUUGUUACAAAAUGAAGUG